UGUCUACCACACUCGCCUAUUAAAAUCUUUAUUGAUCUUUUCUUUUUCGUACCAUAAAUACGCAUGUAAUUUGGCUGCCACAUCUGUCACCCUAUUAACCACCAGGGUUGAUAAUCAUUUUUAUAAUCAUAGAAUCAUAGAAUCAUAGAAUAGUAGAGUUGGAAGAGACCUCAUGGGCCAUCCAGUCCAACCCCCUGCCAAGAAGCAGGAAAUCGCAUUCAAAGCACCCCCGACAGAUGGCCAUCCAGCCUCUGCUUAAAAGCCUCCAAGGAAGGAGCCUCCACCACAGCCCGGGGGAGAGAGUUCCACUGUUGAACAGCCCUCACAGUGAGGAAGUUCUUCCUGAUGUUCAGGUGGAAUCUCCUUUCCUGUAGUUUGAAGCCAUUGUUCCGUGUCCUAGACAGGCAUCCUUAAAUUGCAGCCCUCCAGCUGUUUGGGCCUCCAACUCCCUGAAGCCCUAGCCAUGUCAUGAAUCCUGGAAGUUGGAGGCCAAAAAAGCUGGAGGGCCACAAUUUGAGGUUACCUGUUAUACGACAACAACUCCCAUGGUUGCAUAGCAUUUAGCCAAGGCAGUGAAAGUGGUGUCCAAUCCUGUGAUAUUAGUCUUUCUCUUCCAGGUGUGAGGAUAAGGAGACAUUUGAGGCUCCUGCAGCGUUUCCUCCUGCUCUGAAAUGGAAGAUCUGGGAUGUCUGUGACAUAAACCCCUUUCUGGAAGGUGUCAUGAAGCAAUUCAGAGAUUCUCUGGAGUUUGGACUUCAGCAGCAAAAAGCACAUGUGACUCUGGAUCCAGACACAGCCCAUCCUCGGCUCAUCCUCUCUGAAGAUCGAAGACGUGUGACGUGGGGAGAGAAACAUCAAGAUCUCCCUGACAAUCCUGAAAGAUUCAAGGUGUAUGAUUUUGUGCUGGGCAAGCAGGGAUUCUCAGGAGGCAGGCAUUUCUGGGAAGUCUUUGUGGGGGAUAAGGAAAGAUGGUCUGUGGGAGUUGCCAGAAAGUCUGUGCAGAGAAAGGACUUCAUCCCCAGUGGCCCUGAGGCUGGGAUCUGGGAAGUGGGAAAGUACAGCAUCUCCUCCAACAAAGAUGAGUUCCCGUGGCUGACUCUGAGCAAGAAGCCCAAGAGGAUCCGAGUGAGUCUGAACUAUGAAGGGGGUCGGGUGGCCUUUAACGAUGCAGACUCAGCAGCCCUCAUCUUUGAAUUCCCUCCAACUUCUUUCUCUGGAGAGACCAUCCUCCCCUUCUUUUAUGUGAAUAAAAAAGUCCAACUGGUGCUCUCUCCCUAAGACUCAUGUCCAAAGACUCACUCAAGCCGAGACACAAGAGGAGCUUUAUCACCAUAGUUCUGGGGCCGUUGCUUCUUUUUGUGGAACUUGUCUGCUAUUGUUUUACGAGGGCUAUCCAGAAAGUAGGCUACUUUUGGAUUUUAAAAAGAUCAAAGUAUAGGAUAAAUCAUUUACCAUAUGCAGCUGAAAGACACAUCCCAAAACUACAAUCUCAUGUAAUCCCCAUUUAAAUUUAGCCACGUUUCUUAUAGAUAAAUGAGUUUGAAAAGUACUGCACCAGUAAAUUCCCCGCCUGUGUCCUCGGCUCUUCCUCCUUCUCCCUUCCUGCAGCGUAGCCAAAACGCUGCGCUGCCAGCCACGCCCCCAUUGUUGGAAACAGAGGAGAGAGGCGGCAAAUUUACUGGUGCAGUACUUUUCAAACUCAUUUAUCUAUAAGACACGUGACUAAAUUUAAAUAGGGAUUACAUGAGAUUGUAGUUUUGGGAUGUGUCUUUCAGCUGCAUAUGGUAAAUGAUUUAUCCUAUACUUUGAUCUUUUUAAAAUCCAAAACGUAGCCUACUUUCUUGAUAGCCCUCGUAUAUAUUUAGCUAAAAACUGACUGGGAGGCUGGAGUGUGAAUGAUAAGGCCAUUUCUCAGUGCAAUGCUCAACUCAUAGGUUGGCCAAGGACUUCCUCUCGCAGCAACAAUAACAACAAGAUCAAAGAGAGAAUGGAAGACUCAACCCAAUUGUUAGCCAAUAAUUCCAUAAUUCAGUAGUAAGUGGACAGCCCUUCUAUUCCCCUUUUGCCAUUUCUUCACCUUUCUGAGUGAUUUAGGAGAGAUCUACCUAUGAUGCUUUGGUUUCACAUCCAAACAGCAUUGGACCUAGAAUGGCUGAAUAUUGGGAUUUACUCAACCCACCAUGUUUGAUGGGUUCAUCUUUGCAUGUUGAUUAUUCACAACUUGGGUUAAUCUUUCUAGGAAUCUUCAGGUUCUUCAGUGUGAUUCUAUGGCCAAAUUCCUGUGGGAGUAAACCAUAGAGAUUCCCAGAGAAAACACUUUUCAAGGCAUUUAUAAGGUCUCCAGAAUGAAUCUGUUCUCCAGAAUGAAUCUGUUGGAAGUUGACAAUGUUCCUUUUUUUUUUUGGCUGUUUCUAUUUUUGAGUAUUUACCACUUUUGCUGUACUUGUAGUCAGUACUUUUCUUGUACUUGUUUAAAAUGUUAUAAAAAAUAUAAUACAAACAA